AUGACUGGAUAUCAGAUUCCUGGAGAAAUAUUGCAAGAUGGGCACUCCACAACAAGACCACCAUACUUUAAUGGUGAACACUAUUGCCAUUGGAAGGAAAGGUUUAAAAUCUUUGUGCAGUCAACUGAUUAUCAAGCCUGGAUUGUGAUUAAGAAAGGACCUAAACCUAUUCCAAGAGCCUGCACUGAAAACAAGGAAGACACAGAUACUUCGACAAUUGAUCUAGAGUCACAUGACAUCACCAAAGAACAACAAGAGACACUGCAAAUAAAUGCUAGGGCAAUAGCUUUGCUCUACUGUGCAGUAAGUGGAGAAGAGUAUGCAAAAAUCUCAAAUUGUGACACUGCCAAAGAAAUGUGGGACAAACUUGAGGUCACUUAUGAAGGAACAUCAAAAGUAAGAGAAACAAAAAUUGAUGCUCUAAGACACGAUUAUGAAGCCUUUAUGAUGAAGGACGAUGAGAACAUCGAAUCAAUGUUCACAAGAUUCAGCAAGAUCAUUGGAGAACUCAAAUCCCUUGGAGUAACUUAUACCAACUCUCAACAAGUUAGAAAGCUUGUUAGAAGUCCGCCAAAGACUUGGGAAACCAAAGCAAUUGUCCUUGAAGAUGGAAAUCUGGAUAAGUUCACUUAUGAUGAAUUAAGAGGAAAUCUGAUAGCAUUUGAAAAGAAUCACAUUCAAAGAUACCAGAAGGAUGAAAAGAAGAAAGUAGUCACUUUCAAGGCUCAAGUUGAAGAAUCUGAUGAUGACUUUAAAGAAGAAGAAGUGGAUAUGAUUUCUAGGCAUGUGAUAGAAGCCAUGAGAAGAUCAAGAAAUGAUAGAAAAGGAAGUUCAAACUUUAGAAAAGGUAAGACUUCCACUGGACAGCAAAAGAAUGAUGGGAAGUGUUAUGAAUGUGGAAAAUAUGGCCAUAUUGCAUCUGAAUGUCUUGAGACAAGAAAGAAACCAACUAGAAGUUAUCAAAAACAAAGGGCCUUCAGCAGUUGGAGUGAAGAUGAAAUUUCAGAUGAAGAAUCUGAAGAGAUUGAAAAUGUGUGUUUCAGGGCUCUCGAAGGAGGCAGUAAGGUAAGUUCCCAUCCCUGCUCUAAAUGUGAAGAAACUCAAGAAUUAUUAGAUCAAACUCUUAUAGAACUGAAUAAUGUCUUUGAUGAAUAUAGGAAACUGAUGAGAGAAAAAAAGGAAUGGGAAUCAAAAUUAGAAAUUUGCGAAAAAGAAAAAAAUUCAAUUCAAAAUGAAGUUUACAAUGUACAAUCUAAAAUAGAUAUUUUACUGAAACCUUCCAACCAUAACUAUGCCAAGUCAAACCAGUCAACUUACACAAAUAAGUCCACUGGGAAAAAGGUCUUACCAAUGACUAAUAAUUUGGAAGGGAAGAAAACUGUUUUUUUAAAGACUGAUGAAUCAACUAGAACCUCUAAGUCGACUGAAAAGAAGUCUGGAAUACAUAAAUCAACUGAUCCCUGUAAAGUGGAAGGAAAACCUUUUCAAACAUGUUUUUGUUGUGGAAAACUCGGCCAUAACUAUCAUAACUGUAGAUUUCAUUUUUCAACUGCACCUGGUUGGGAGCACCACAAGAAAAGAAAAAAGGGAAAAUGGUAUCUAGAUAGUGCGUGUUCAAGACAUAUGACAGGCGACAAAAGUCUAUUCAAAGCAGUCGCUGACUUUGAUGGAGGAUUAGUAACUUUUGGAGACAACUCAACUGGAAUGGUAAUUGGUAUUGGUUGUGUCAUAGAAGACUCCUCUGGGAUAAAGAUUCUUCCUGGAAGCAGAAACAAAAAUGUGUAUACUUUGGAUUCUGUCAAAAAUUCUAAAGGUCAUAUAUGCCUGACAUCAAUGGGAGAAGAUCCGUGGAUGUGGCACAAGAAGCUUGGGCAUGCCAGUAUGCGCUUAAUUGAAAAACUAGCAAGACAUGAUCUUGUAAUAGGAUUGCCAAAACUCAACUACACUAAAGAUCAUUUAUGCGAUUCGUGUCAAAAAGGUAAACCAACUAGAAACUCCUUUAGUUCAAAAGAUAUUGUGUCUACAUCCAAGCCUUUGCAACUACUUCAUAUGGAUCUAGUUGGUCCUACUAGAACUGCUAGCAUUGGAGGAAAAAAAUAUGCAUUUGUUAUAAUAGAUGACUUCUCUCGCUUUACCUGGGUAAUAUUUCUUGCUCAUAAAGAUGAUACUAUAAAGAAUUUUAAGUUUUUUUGUGAGAAAAUUCAGCGUGAGAAAGGAUAUUACAUCACUUCCAUUAGAAGUGAUCAUGGAGGAGAAUUCGAAAAUAAAGCUUUUGAAGAAUUAUGCAAUGACCAAGGACUAAUUCUCAAGAAAACUCCUUAUGAGCUAUGGACUGGUAAGAAACCAAAUAUUAGCUACUUUCAUCCUUUUGGAUGUAAGUUCUUUGUUCACAAUAAUGGGAAGGAAAAUCUUGGUAAGUUUGAUCCUCGAAGUGAUGAAGGUAUAUUUCUUGGUUAUUCUCCUACUAGUAGAUCCAAUAGAAUUUUUAACAAACGUAUUUUAUCUAUUGAAGAGUCUAUUCAUGUUGUAUUUGAUGAUACUAAUCACAUGGCCGAGAAAAGAAAAAUUGCAGAUGAAGAAGACAGUCAAACACCUACUACAGUGGGUAUAACAACAAGACCCACUGAAGAAAAGGCAUCUUGUAAGUCGACUUCUGAUACACCUCAGUCGACUGAUAUUACUAUUGGAACAAUUCCAAAUGAAUGGAGAAGCGAACCUGACUAUCCAAAGAAAUUUGCUAUUGGAGACAUCAAUGAAGGGAGGAAAACUAGAGCAUCUAGUAAAAAUAAUGUAAAUUUGGCUCUUAUUUCUCAAUAUGAACCAAAGAAAGUUGGUGAUGCCUUAAAAGAUGAAUAUUGGGUAAAGGCUAUGGAAGAGGAACUUGAUCAAUUUGAAAAGAACAAGGUGUGGAAUCUAGUUCCCAAACCUGAAAAUGCUUCAAUCAUUGGCACAAAAUGGGUAUACAGGAACAAGCUAAAUGAGGCCGGAGAAGUAGUCAGAAACAAAGCCCGACUUGUUGCUCAAGGAUACUCACAACAGGAGGGAGUUGACUAUGAUGAAACUUUUACUCCUGUUGCCAGGUUGGAAUCCAUUAGAAUUUUGCUUGCAUAUGCCUCUUUUAAAAAAUUCAAACUUUUUCAAAUGGAUGUCAAAAGUGCUUUUCUAAAUGGGUUCAUUGAAGAAGAAGUGUACAUCAAACAACCGCUAGGUUUUGAAAAUUUAUAA